CGUACUGGUUUCACUGGUGGUCCCGUACUGGUUUCACUGGUCCCGUACUGGUUUCACUGGUCCCGCGGUGGCCCCGUGCUGGUCCCGCCCCUCCCGCGCAUGCGCAGUUGCCGCCAUGGCGCCGCUCCCAGUCCAUGUCCUUUACUGCGGAGCCUGAGGCUACAAACCCAAGUUUGAGAAGCUGAAGCGGGAACUGGAGCGGCGCUUCCCGGGAGCCCUGCACGUGAGCGGCCAGGGCACCCCGGAGGUGACGGGAUGGUUUGAGGUGACCGUGGGGGGACACCUGGUCCACUCCAAAAAGAACGGCGAUGGCUUCGUGGACAGCGACCCCAAACUGCGCAGGAUCGUGGCCGCCAUCGAGUCCCGCCUGGCCUAGGCCCCGCUAGGGGGCCGCCGUCGCGACGCGUCGCGAUAUAGCGCCCGAUAUCGGCGGAUGUCGCGAUAUAUCGGGAGAUACCGAUGGAUGUCGCCAUGUACUGGCAGAUGCCGAUAGGUAUCGCGAUACACCAGGAAAUAUCAGGAGAUAGCGCCAGGCGUUGCGAUAUAUUGGGAGAUACCGGUGGGUAUCGCGAUAUAUCAGCAGAUACCAGCAGAUAUCACGAUAUAUCGGGAGAUACCGCCAGAUGUCACGAUAUAUCGGGAGAUACUGCUGGGUAUCGCGAUAUAUCAGCAGAUGUCAUUGGGUAUCGUGAUAUAUCAGCAGAUGUCAUCGAGUAUCGCGAUAUAUCGGGAGAUAUCACCAGAUAUCACGAUAUAUCGGGAGAUAUUGCCGGAUAUCGCAAUGUAUCAGCAGAGAUCACCAGAUAUCGCGAUAUAUCGGGAAAUAUCGCUGGAUAUCGCGAUAUAUCGGGAGAUAUCGCUGGACAUCGCGAUAUAUCGGGAGAUAUCGCUGGGUAUCUGGCGCCAUCGGGACGUGUCGCGACAGCGCUGACCCCCCCGGCCCCCCGCCCCCCCCGCGCUCCAUGACGGGAAUCGCCGAAACGCCGCCGGCACCGGGCGCUGCCCUGACCCCGCGCGGGAGGGGCACGGGGCUGGGGGGGCCAGAGCCCACCCAAAAUCCCCAAAUUUCACCCCAAGUCCUGCCCUGAACCCCCAGAGCCCACCCAAAAUCCCCAAAUUUCACCCCAAAUCCCUCAGAUUUCACCCUAAACCCUCAGAGCCCACCCAAACCCCCAAAAUUUCACCCCAAAUCCCGCCCUGAACUCCCAGAGCCCACCCCAAAAUCCUCAAAUUUCAGCCCAAAUCUCUUCAUUCCACCCUAAACCUACCCUAAACCCCCAGAGCCCACCCAAAAUCCCCAACAUUUCACCCCAAAUCCCUUCAUUCCGCCCCAAAUCCCUCAGAGCCCACCCUAAACCCUCAAAUUUCGCCCAAAAUCUUGUGGAUCCCACCCAAAAUCUCUUCAUUCCACCCCAAAAUCCCUCAAAUCCCACCCAAAAUCUCUUUAUUCCAUCCAAAACCCUCAGAUCCCACCCCAAAACCCCCAAAUUCCGCCCAAAACCCUCAGAGCCCACCCUAAAUAUCCCAAUCUUUCAUUCCGCCCCAAAUCCUUCACGUCCCACCCCAAAACCUUUUAUUCCCCUUUUACCCCCAAAUCCUCCCUCUCGCUGCCUUCGCUGCUGCCGUUUUGGGCCAAAAUCGGCUUUUUUUGGGAUUUUCCUCCUGCGGAACGCUCCCUGGCAGGCUGAAAAAUGGGGAAAAAUUAUCUUAAAGCACUGAAAAUCCGCGGUUCUUUUGUUAUCCCCCGUUUUUCAGCUCCCUGCUCCCCCACUCUGUCACUCCGUGGCCUUUUGGGAAUAAAACGUUGGAAAUUUGAGCCCGAUUUGGGUGGGUUUGGGGCUGUUUUUUGGUUUUUUAUGGUUUUAGGGGAAAAGGAGGGAUGAGGGCUGCGCCUCCUUCCAGGCUCUCCAAAAAUUCCCUUUUCUUGUUGAAUCCUAAAAACCAGCAGCGUGGAAUUGUGGAAUUAUUCGUUUUGGGAAGAAAAGGAUGGCAAACGGAGCUGGGUUUUGGGUUGUUUCAGGGCGUUUUUUGGGAUCAACGCACUCCGAGCUCUUCAAAGCUUAAUUCCUUUACUUAACCCUAAAAAAACCCACAUGAAAUCGUGGAACUGCUCCUUUUGGGAAUAAAAGACGGAAAACCGA